AUGGCACUGUCUUGCAGCCUCGAGCUUAAGCUGGGUGAGUUGGGCCAAAAAACCCAACCGCCUCGCCCGCUUCCGCUUGGAGGUUUCGGAAAGUCGCAGGCAGAUGUGAAGCAGCCCUACGAUGGGAUCAAGCUGAAAGGCCUGGAGUCGAGGCAGAGCAGGACCGCCGAAGGAGCUGUCUCAGACGAGGACCUCACCCCAACGUGCGCCAGCUCGGCGACGUCGACUGCUGCCUCGCCUCGCACUUCCUGGCACGACGUCAUGCCCAUGAAGGUGCCACUCCCGCCAUCAUGCUGGAAGGAGAUCGCCGCCCAGUCUUCGUCCCCGAUGCGCUUUGGAACCGUGCCCGAGAGCUCUCAAGUGAUGGAUGCAACCCACCGUCAGAGCGCCAUCUCAAGUCUGCCAUCUCUGGCAGCUUGGGCGUCUUCCGAAUCACAAGCAGGAUUCACUUGCUUGAGCACCCAAUUCUCCACGACCUCUCCCCCUUGGCCCCAGAGGUUUGCCAAGUUUGCCCCACCACCUGGGCUCGAGAGGCCAGUGCCGCCCCAGGUAGACGGCGAACUCCCAGAGCCUGAGUUCCCAGGCACAGGCAAAUCCAUACCAAAAGCUGAGGGACCGUUUCUGCGCCGCUUCGUCUUCACCGGCUUUGAUGCCGUCAACCACGCCGACUUCGACCUCGUUCCUCGCUUAAUCGGACGUGGCGGGUGCAACCUUCGUCCCAUCCGGCAGGCAUGCAACGCCUACAUCCGAGUCAGCGGAGGGGAAGACGACCUCAGGAGCCCGGUGGAAGUGCUGCUGCUCUGUGGCAACCAGAAGGACUUGGAGGAAGGAACGAGGCGGCUGACUAAGCUCCUGCAAAACCUCCGUGUGCACUUCGCUCGCUAUUGCCGCAAGCGAGGUAUCAGCCCAGUCCCUGUGCUGUACCGCUUGCUCCCCUGA